AUGAGUUACUUGGGUCAACAUUGGGGUGCAAUUGACUUGUAUGUUGAUCAUGGGAUAGAUGAGGCGGAGGUUGUUCCAAAUUUAGCAUUACCAGAACCUGAGCAUGCAGAUCAUAUUCAAGAAGAUGACCCAGAUGAUGAAGAAGCUAGUUUGGAAAGCAAUCAUGAAGAUGGAGAUUCUGAUUUGGAAAGAAGUCCUCAAGAUGGAGCUGAUUUCGUUGAUGUUGAGUGCCAAAAUGCAGAAAAUAAUAAUGAGGACAUUGGAAAGGCUAGGGCAGAAGGUGAGACUCAAAAUGUGGGUGAGAAGGAUGAUGUGCAAAGUCAGUAUUAUGACUCUGAUGACCCAUUGAGUUAUCAAUCUGAAAAAGAAGAGGCACAAGCAUCAUUUGAGCAGACUAGUGCAGCAACAAGUAGAUUUAAAUACCCUUCCUACAAUCCAAAUGUUGAGUCAGUUGAGCUUGAAGUUGGUACCCUAUAUGAUGAUGCAAAACAGUUUAGAAAGGCAAUGAUCAAUUAUGCUGUUUACUCAAAGAGAAAUAUCCACUUUGUGAGGAAUGAGCCACAUCGUGUGUCCCUUGCAUGUGACCAUCCUUGUCCAUUUCAAGCUCAUGGAUCAUGGGAUGACACUUUUAAGUGUUUUCAACUUAAAACAGUGACUAUGGAGCAUAUGUGCAAUCUAAAGUACAGCUUAAGAUUAGUAAGUCAAUCGUGGAUAGAGGAGCGAUAUGAAGAUAAGAUAAGAGACAACCCUUCAAUUGGACAAACAGAAUUGAAAAAACACAUCCAAUCUGAACUGAAACUGAAUGUGGGAAUCUGCAUGGUAAAGAGGGCAAUCAAAGCUGUAUUGAAGAGAAUUGAUGCUGGUUUUCAAGAUCAAUUUCGUAGAAUAAGGGAUUAUGCUGAUGAAUGUAUCAAUUCUAAUCCCGGCACCAAAGCUUUUGUAAAAACCAAUAAAAUAACACCCGAAUGCCCUUCUGUUUUUCAGAGAUUCUAUGUUUGUUUUGCAGCUUUAAAGAAAGGGUUUUUAGAAGGAUGUAGAAAAGUAAUUGGGUUGGAUGGAUGUUUUUUGAAGGGAAUGUUGAAAGGUGAAAUACUGAGUGCAGUUGGUAGAGAUGCUAACAACCAAAUGUAUCCUAUAGCCUGGGGGAUUGUAGAGAUAGAAAACACUGAUUCUUGGGGUUGGUUUCUUGGGCAAUUGAAGUCAAAUUUGGGCAUCACUGAUACUUCCCCUUGGACUAUAAUUAGUGACCAACAAAAGGGAUUAACACAUGUAAUUAAAGAGUUGUUUCCUGACGCUGAGCACCGUAACUGUGCAAGACACGUGCACGCCAAUUGGAGUACCCUCCAAGAUUUUGGUGCAAGGCUUUCUUUAGAACAACUGUCAAGUGUGAUGCUGUGGAUAACAAUCUCAGUGAGGCUUUUAAUAGCACCUUAG